UUCUGACUUUUCUCUCGUGUCAGUCCCAUUUCAGAACUCCAGAGAGAAUUCGGUGUGUGACUCUGUGUAAAAAUGGCUGCCGUUUCAGCUCAACCCUCCUUCCAAACAAUCAAUUCGUUGAAACAACCAUCCUUUGCAACUAUAGACUCCUCCAGUAAUGCUAGUAGUAGCAACAGCAGCAGAAUUCUUCAUGUGGGCUGCUUCUCAAAUCCUUCUUCUUCUCCCCAAAGGCUGCUUCUCAAGAAAACUCCAUCUUUUUCAACACAACAACAUCCCCCAAGACUACUUGUCUCUGCAAAUAGCACCAGCAGCAGCAUUGACAGUAACAGUUUUUCUGUCUCUGUUUCACCUCCCUCCACCACCAGACCCAAAGUGAGGCGCCACACUAUUUCAGUGUUUGUUGGUGAUGAAAGCGGGAUGAUAAAUCGGAUUGCAGGAGUAUUUGCAAGAAGGGGGUAUAACAUUGAGUCACUUGCGGUUGGUCUGAACAAGGAUAAGGCCCUCUUCACUAUAGUUGUGUGUGGAACUGAUACAGUGCUGCAACAAGUUAUGGAACAGCUCCAGAAGCUUGUAAACGUUAUAAAGGUCGAAGACAUCUCGAAGGAGCCGCAGGUAGAACGAGAACUGAUGCUUGUAAAAAUAAAUUCAGAUCCAGAUUAUCGAGCAGAGGUCAUGUGGUUGGUGGACACUUUUAGAGCAAAAAUUGUGGAUCUAUCAGAUUAUUCAUUGACUAUUGAGGUAACUGGAGAUCCCGGAAAGUUGGUUGCUGUGCAAAGGAAUUUAAGUAAAUUUGGAAUUAGAGAAAUUGCACGAACUGGAAAGAUUGCCUUGAGAAGGGAAAAAAUGGGUGAGUCUGCUCCCUUUUGGAGGUUUUCAGCAGCUUCAUAUCCAGAUCUUGAAGGCACAAUGUCUCCUGAUGCUGUAUUAAGGGCAGCAAAGAGAAUACGUGAUGAAAAAUCUGAUACAUCAACUGGGGGAGAUGUGUAUCCUGUGGAGGCAGCUGAUGACUUCUACAUCAGUCCAGUUCUUGAUGCUCACUGGGGCGUUCUGGAUGAUGAUGAUACUAGUGGUCUUCGCUCUCACACUUUGUCAAUGCUCGUGAAUGACACUCCUGGAGUUCUCAACAUAGUAACUGGUGUUUUUGCUCGAAGAGGCUACAAUAUUCAAAGUCUAGCUGUUGGUCAUGCUGAAGUUGAGGGGCUUUCUCGCAUUACCACUGUUGUUCCUGGUACAGAUGCAUCCAUAAGUAAGCUGGUCCAGCAACUUAGCAAGUUGGUAGAGCUUCAUGAGGUUCGGGACCUCACACACAUGCCAUUUGCUGAGAGGGAACUAAUGUUGAUUAAGAUUGCUGUUAAUGCUGCAGCUCGACGCAAUGUUCUGGAUAUUGCCAGCAUUUUUAGAGCCAAAGCUGUUGAUGUGUCUGAUCAUACCAUCACUCUAGAGCUUACAGGGGAUUUGGACAAGAUGGUUGCUUUGCAAAGAUUAUUGGAGCCUUAUGGCAUUUGUGAGGUGGCCCGAACUGGUCGUAUUGCACUUGUGCGUGAAUCUGGAGUGGACUCGAGGUACCUUCGCGGAUAUUCUUAUCCAGUGUAAAUUUGGACAUUCUGAAGCAUCUCCUUUUCAAUUUUGUAAGUACCAGGGCAUGGCGUUUCAUAAAUGGAAUGAUCAUAGGACAUAUGUACUGACAUCAUUGUUUUCAUAUGAUUGAAAAAGUAGCUUUUAGAAAUUUGGAGCUGCACAUCAGGCCUACUUGUGAGUUUUUAAUCAUCUUUGAUUUUGUCAUGACUUUACCGGGUACUGGAUACAUUUGAUAUGCAUUUUAUACCAUUCUCUUUAAGCAGCAAUCUAAUGGAAUGCAGUUUUCAGUGA